CCUCCUCCUCCUCCGCCGCCUGACAAGGGGACGGGGGCGGCAGUCGCGGCGAGGCGGCAGCGGGAGGGGGGAGACUAAGGCAGGAGGUAGCCCUCGUAGCUCCGCCGGUCCGGGCUGCUUCUCGUCCUUCUCCUGCGUGCGGGGCGUUGAGGUGCGGCCAUGGUGAAGGUGUCGUUCAAUUCGGCGUUGGCGCAGAAGGAGGCGGCGAAGAAGGAGGAGGAGAACAGCCAGGUGCUGAUCCUGCCGCCGGACGCCAAGGACCCUGAGGAUGCUGUGCCGGUCGGGCAGAGGAGAGCCUGGUGCUGGUGCAUGUGCUUCGGGUUGGCCUUUAUGCUGGCUGGUGUGAUCCUGGGUGGUGCCUAUCUGUACAAAUAUUUUGCAUUCCAGGGUGGUGUGUAUUUCUGUGGAAUAAAGUACAUUGAAGACGGCUUGAGUUUACCCGAGCCUGGGGCAGAGGCUCAGAGUGCUCGCUACCACACCAUCGAGCAAAACAUUCAGAUCCUGGAGGAGGAGGACGUUGAAUUUAUCAGCGUGCCGGUCCCUGAGUUUGCUGAUAGCGAUCCUGCUGAUAUCGUCCAUGACUUCCACCGGAGACUCACUGCCUAUCUUGACCUUAGCCUGGAUAAGUGCUAUGUGAUUCCUCUGAACACUUCAGUUGUUAUGCCGCCAAAAAAUUUCCUGGAGCUGCUCAUCAACAUCAAGGCUGGAACGUAUUUGCCUCAGUCCUAUUUGAUUCAUGAGCAGAUGAUUGUUACUGAUCGCAUUGAAAAUGUGGAUCAGCUGGGAUUCUUUAUUUACCGCCUCUGCCGUGGCAAGGAAACCUAUAAACUACAGCGCAAAGAAGCCAUGAAAGGAAUUCAGAAGCGUGAAGCCGUCAAUUGCCGAAAGAUUCGACACUUUGAGAACAGGUUUGCUAUGGAAACACUCAUCUGUGAACAGUAAUGAGGAAUAUUGCUGUUCCCGGAGACUUAAAAACUACAGUAUGACCCCACCCUUUGUAUUGUGUGCAGUGAUUAUUUUUUAAAAUCUUCUUUUACGUAAGUAGUGGACAGGGCUUUAUUGCUGAACACCUCCCAUACUUUUCAUCUCAUGAUACAUGUAAAAUCAAUAUGGUUUAGGUUUUUUUCCUUAUUUUCAGGUGUGGUGUUCUUAUAUUUGAAUAGCAAUUGUAUAAAGACUUAGCUGCUAGUGCAUUUCAUGUGAUGAAUCUUGAAUACUAGGAAGAAGAGAAAGUCUUUGAAAUAUCCACCAGUUUUUAAUUAAGUAAAAUUGAAAAGAAUUAUUAAUGUACAAAUGGACUGCAAGAGCUACUUCUAACUGUAAUAUUACCUGCUAUAUAGUUUGUUACAGCAUAUAGACAAACCUGUAUUUGACUCUCCCUAACAAAGUGCAAUUUGUUUUGUUUUUAAAAUAUUGUCAUAUUUACCUUUUUAGAUUGAUUUCUGACUUGAUGUUUUAAAAUGGCAAGUGUUUGCUGUAACAAUCUUUUAGAAAAUUAAGAAGUAACUUAUGUUACUAACUUGUAUAUAAUCCAUGUAUGUGCAAUGGAAAAUAAAUCUUAUAAACCUGUUUGUCUAAAAGUCUUCUGUUUUCUUUUUCCUAUUAUUGGUGUUUUCUUUUAUGGUUAAAAUUAAGGCUUUUUACCUGCAGUGCUAUUUUUAAAAGCGAGAAGAUAAAAUGGAAUAGAUGAUGAUGGUUAAGUGAGAUGUGAACUACCUGGAAGGAGGCUGUAGCGAGGUGGGGGUCGGUCUCUUCUCCCAAGUAACAGGUGAUAGGACAAGAGGAAACGGCCUCAAGUUGUGCCAGGGGAGGUUUAGACUGGAUAUUAGGAAAAAUUUUUACACUGACAGGGUUAUCAAGCAUUGGCACAGGCUGACAGGGGAAGCGGUUGAGUCACCAUCCCUGGAGGUAUUUAAAAAACGGGUAGACAUAGUGCUUAGAGAUACGGUUUAGUGGUGGUUUUUGCCAGAGUUAGGUUGCUCUGAAAUGUCCCUGGUCCCUUCCAACCCAGGCAAUUCCAUGAUUCUAUGAACAAAGGUGGAUGCUUUUGUCCUCCUUUUUCAUUCCAAGGCAAUAUUGUGCUUCUUGCUUGAAUUCUGGGUAGGUAUUUCCACAGUAGAUACAAUCAGAAUGGGGAUCCAAAGCUGACUUAACAUGUUGUUGAUGUCCGAAAUCCCUGUCCUGAGUAUUUCUCAGACGAUGCACAGAACCUAGAGCGUGUCCUGGGUCAGGCUGGCCCAGCUGAGAGCCAGGAGUCUUCGCUACGUGCAGGACUUCGCAUUCCCUUUUGUUCAACUUUGCGGCAUCCGUGUCGUGGCACGUCCUGUGCCGUUGAGCUUUGGCAGUUCAUGAGGAGCUAGCUCAAAUAUCGCUGAUGCCGUCCUGCGUCGUGCCGUUUACACUGAAAACUGCCAUUUCCAAAGCAAGUUUGAACUUUUUAAUGUGAUUUGGAUCUUUGUAACGGCAACUUUUGUAGGGGAGAGUGCAGGAGAAGAUGUAUCAUCGUACCUGCUGUUUUGAAGCUGUGGUUGCAUGAACAAUUACCGGAGAGAAAAAAAGGGAGUAACACUCAAAAACAAGGCUGGAAAAUGUCCCCCCAAAAUCCACUUUUAAGCUUCCGUCAUAUGGGAUCUGCCUUGUCUUUCUGACCAAAUUGUGAGCAUUGAUUUAUCAGGAAAGUAGGAAUGUUUAAUAGAACAUUUGCAUAUUUUUUCAAGAAAAAUGCAAACUGCUUAAACCGAGUUUUAAAUAAUACGCACCAUAGGUGGCUAUAUCUUUUGUCUUAUGUUAAUUCAGUCAAGAGGCUUUGGCCUAACCUUGUUUUUCAUCUUUUAAAGGAUCUUUUCUUAAUACACUGGGAGGAUGCACUACUGGUUUUGGGGCUAUUAUACAAGUGUAAACAUGCUAUCAUCCAGCUUCCUGCUAUUGUGAAUGUUUGGAUCGAGAUAAAAUAAUUUGUUUUAAAGGAAGUUUCUUAAAUACACAAUACAUAUUUUUUUUUUUUCUUCAUCUGCCUUUGCCUUAAUUUAGUCUUACUUAGUGUAUGUGCAUUAUAUAUGCAAUGAAAAGUAGAAUUGUUACUUUCUGAAAGCUGGGCUUUUUUAAUCCAUUCUUGACGGUGCGUGGCAGCCAUGAACAUUAAAUAAAGCCUCAUGUAGCUGUAGGUUGGACAUUUAUGUAUAAAUUCUAUUUACACAGCUACGCUUUGGUAUAGAUGUAAGCAACCUGGAAAACCCGCUGGGAAAACUUCAGCCCCAGACAUUCAGGAUGUUGCCAUUGUCUGCUUGCAAUAAAGGUCAAAUAUAUGCCAGGAUUCGGUUACAAGUGUGUUCUUUGGAGGCCUGCAUGACGCGAGAUUCAUGCUGAAGUACUUUUAAGCAUGUUUCCUACCUUUUCAUGAGCACAUCGUUCUUAUGUUCUGGAAGUUACACAUGAAACGUGUUAAUUUUUAAGUAAGCCUCGCAUCGUCUUUAUCUUCUUUUCAAAAUAAAAAUCCAUGGAAAAAAACUA